UCUGAUAUUGUGUACGAAUUUAGCUUUAAAUAUGUAUCGUCUGCAUGUUUUAAAAUAGGUCAGGUACUACAAAAGUACAAAGUAUACGACAAAGGCUUGAACUGAAAGUACCAUGUAAAUGCUGAAAGUUCUCCACUGUCGAUGAUAUUUUGAUCUUAAGACAAACUGUGAUCCUUUCCUUGGUGAUAAUACAAUGAACAAUUCUAUGCAUGGUCAUACAGGGUAUUAUAAUCCUCUGGACUAGAAAUACCACAGACGUUCUGAAACUCGGCAAAGAUGUACUACGUAGUUUUGUUUCUAUUAUUUCCAGUCUUGUGGAUAAAUAGUACUACAGGUACUGCAGAAAAAUGGUAUGCAAAAGACUUUAUACCAAAAGAGAGUUAUUACUUUAACGAGGGCGAUUGUCACACAGAUCGGGCGAAAGUUAAACGUCUAAAUGAUGUUAGGAAUCUCAUGCGAGAAAAUCAUAUUGACGCCUACAUAAUAUGUAAUGUGAAUGAGAACCAUGGUACCCUAACACCAUAUGACAGAAGGAUAGAAGCUAUAUCAGGGUUCACUGGAGGAAUAGGAACUGCGGUGGUGACGCUUGACAAGGCGGUGUUAUGGACAGAUGGUAGAACGUUCCAGACGGCCAUUGAUGACGUAGACUGUGGUUGGGCAGUGUACAGAAAAGGUGGAGAUGAUACAACCUCUCUGGUGGACUGGAUUUUUACUAACAUACAGGCAACUACAGGUUCUGUUUCUGUUGGAGCAAGCCCGUAUCUUGUAAGCGCCGUUUGGUGGAAAAAUUUUGAAAAAGUAUUUGCAGAGAAAAAGAUCGAUUUUGUUCCAGUGUAUCCAGAUUUUAUUGAUUUAGUAUGGACGGACGACAGACCUCCGUUACCAUCUUCACCUAUUCACAUACUUCCACUGAAAUUUACAGGCGAAACUUGGCAAAGCAAAAUUAAACGGACGAUGCACAUGAUGGGAGAAAAGAAUGCUGAUGUUUUAGUACUGACUAAUUUGGAUGAAAUAGCUUGGUUAUUUAAUAUCAGAGCAAGAGACUUCACUUUUGACCCGUAUUUUAUCUCUUUUUGCCUUAUAAAUGCCAGAACGAGUGAUGUAAGCCUUUACAUUGUUAACCAUGAAAAGAAGCUUACACAAAACUGUGAAUUGGAGGAUCUAAAAAUCCACGAGUUCCUCAAUACGUCUCAAAAUGGCAGUUGUGCUCACUGGAAAUGCCUUUCGAAUACAAACAAGUAUGGAGACGAUAGUGUAGAAAGAUGUGAGAGAAUAAGUGAAGUCAUGAGUGACAGAGGUAAUUGUGUGGAGGUAAAAGAAUAUAGUCCUAGUGUGUUAAAAGAUGACAUCCGUAAAUUAUCCCAUGAUGAACGUAUUCGAAAAGUUUGGGUUUCAUGGGAGAGCAGCCAGUCAUUUGUUAUGGAAAUUCCAAAGGAAAAACUUGUAAUGGAACAUUCACCUCCUUUAAUCUUUAAAGCAGCGAAAAACGAUGGUGAGAUACAAGGGAAAAAGAACUCCACGCUACGAGAAUCUGUGUUCUUAUCUUCCUAUUUUGCUGGACUAGAGGAAAGGAUGAAAAAUGGAGAAGUUCUGAGCGUGCAAGAAAUUGAAGCUGAAACAAAGGAGUUAAGAAAGAACGUCCUUUUCAAUAGAGGUCCCAGUGGCACUUCUCUGAUUGGUUUUGGUUCCACUGCUCUUCCGAUGGUUCCAAAAAUUACUGACGAUGUUAUCACAGAAAAAGAUGUCUUACUUUUUGACAUGGGCGCACAAUAUUUGGAUGGCACCACGGAUAUCGCUCGUUCAUUUGUGUAUGGAACUCCUUCAGAGAGGCAAAAAGAUAUAUACACACGUUUGUUGAUGACACACAUUAAUCUAGCAAAGAAGACAUUUCCAGUAGGAAGCACAGGUCGUGAUUUAGAUACGAGAGAAAUGAGAGAACCCCUUCAAGAAAUAGGUGUCGAUUUUCCACAUGAAAUAGGACAUAUGGUAGCUGCUUAUGGUGCCAUUGUAGAAGGUCCAGCAUCCAUUUCUAACACCUCUGCAGACUGGAAAAGCGAUGUUCCUUUGGACAGACAUAUAUUUGAUUGCAACACUUGUAAACAGCCACAAGAUUUAAUUACGACUCCUGAUUGGCGUGAUUAUACACUGAAAGAGGGCAUGGUUUUCUCAAAUGAACCGAGCUUUUAUGGGAAAGGAGAAUUUGGCAUGCGAAUAGAAAACACAAUGCUUAUCAUUAAGGGAAAUUGUUCUGAGCCCUGCUAUGCUUUUGAACAACUGGUGUUUUUGCCAUAUGAAUCCAAACUUAUAAAACCAGAGUUGUUAACAGAUGAUCAGAUUUCUUGGUUAAAAGACUACUAUACAAUGGUGGAUAAAUUAGUAACUCCUCAACUGGGAGCAAAUAACGACACAAAUGCGUUGAAAUGGCUGAAAGAGAGAACAAAUUUAGAAUUUCUAUUUCAAUAAUUCAUGGACACAUGGAAGUACUGCUUUAAAACAUAUAUCCAAUAUUAUACAAACACUGAUUAAAUUACAAUGUCAAUGAGCUACCAGAAAAGGACAAUUUUUAUCGAAGCCAGAUGUAAUGAAGUCAAUAUUGAAGGCUAUUUAAUUGACCUCAGGGAUAAUGUUACAGAAAAAUUAAAAAAGAAUAUAUGCUGUCUAUUUUUCAAAAUUGUUCGAAUGGAUUUCUUUUUUUUUGUCUAUCAUGUAGAAUAUUUGUAUUUAUACCAUGUUAUUGUACAUGUAGUUUUUGUAAUGUUUGUUUAAAAAAUACAUGUUACGACAGAAAUAAAAUAUGAAUGACAAAAAAAAAAUAAUAAUAGACCUC